ACAUUGUUUGAGACUGUGGGCUUUCCGUCCCAGAUGACCAGCUCUUCUGCCAUUCCAUUCCUACGUUGACACAUUCAGAGCUAGCUGAGCUAGCUAGGCAGCAACAGUUCAACUAGGCAGAGGUAAAACAGGGUGUGUUUCACACAAAUGGCUCAACAUUUACAAUGAAGACAAUUAAAUCACCUAUAUCUUGACGACCACUGCGUGCUCAAUGACGGUCUGCCGCGGUCUCAGCGAUUGACAUGGACUCUUGUGAUAAGGAUGUGAAACUGUCAGCCGAAGUGGAGCCGUUUAUCCCUCAAAAGAAAGGUCUGGAAGGAGCGCUGGUCACCAUGAGCUUGUCUGGAGGAGAAGGAGGAGGGGGGGUAGAGCCCACCCCAAUCCCCAGCUACCUCAUCACCUGUUACCCUUUUGUCCAGGAGAACCAACCCAACAGACAACAGCACCCCAUGUAUAGCGGAGGAGGGGACCUGCGCUGGCAGCAGCCCAACCCCAGCCCAGGUGGUCCGUACCUAGCUUACCCCAUCCUGUCCUCCCCCCAGCCUCCAGUCUCCAACGACUACACCUACUACCAGAUCAUGCCUGCACCCUGCCCCCCCAUGAUGGGCUUUUACCAGCCCUUCCCAGGAACGUACGCCGGGCCCCUGCAGCCUGGCGUGGUAAACACUAUAUCAGCUGACGUCAGCGAGAGACCGGCCCCUCUCGGACAGGCGUUUGGACUAGCUAAUCAGAGAGGUGGGAGGGGCAUGGUCAGACCUGCCGUUCUACCCAAGUCUAUGUUCUAUCAGCAGCAGCAGGUGGGGUUGUGUCAGUCCCUGAGGGCCAGAAGGCCCCCCAUGAGGACUGUAGCUGUCCAGAAGGAGGUGUGUUCCUCGGGGCCAGAUGGACGGACCAAGACAGUCCUACUGGUGGACGCUGCCCAACAGACUGACUUCCCAGGGGACAAUGCGUGUGGUCGUGGUGCGUCGGAACGGGAGCAGGCCAGCCCCCUGCUGUGGAAGAACCUUCCCCGGAGAAGGCGGGCCUCGCACCCUGCGGAGAGCUCCAGCGAGGCGGACAUCGACAGCGACAGCGGAUACUGCAGCCCCAAACACAACCAGCAGGCCCCAGGGGUUACGCAACACACUGCCCACGCUGCUAUAGCUCCUACGGGAGUGGAUGCAGGUGUAAUGACAGCAGUAAGCUGGGUGAACGUAGCGUCUCAGGCCUCUCAGAGGCCGUGGUCAGACAACAGGACCACCCCGUUCCAACGGACAGGGAAGACCCCUGAUCAGAGGAACUACUCGCAGCAGGACUUCCAUACAGGGUACUCAGGGGGGCGUGUCUGUUCUAACCCCACCCCCGCAGACAGUAACGGUGGUCUGCAGCAGAGACGGCUCCAGCCCGGACUGGGCCCUGGGACGGUGCUUGCUCCUGAGCCACUCUACUUUGAGGAUGAGGAUGAGUUUCCAGAGCUGGUCUCAGGAGGUGCACAGAGGAACAUCAAACCAGACCCUAACCCUUCCCAGAACCAACACCAGACCAAACUAACCAAGAACCUGCUGGAGAACCUUCCAGAGAACUCUCCCAUCAACAUCGUCCAGACCCCCAUCCCCAUCACCACCUCCGUCCCCAAGAGGGCCAAGAGUCAGAGGAAGAAGGCCCUGGCCGCUGCCCUGGCUACAGCGCAGGAGUACUCUGAGAUCAGCAUGGAGCAGAGGAAACUACAGGAGGCACUGACCAAAGCAGCAGGGAAGAAGAGUAAGACUCCAGUCCAGUUGGACCUGGGAGACAUGCUGGCUGCUCUGGAGAAACAGCAGCAGGCCAUGAAGGCUAGACAAAUAACCAAUACUAAACCACUGUCCUUCACAGUGGGUACAGCAGCCCCGUUCCAUGGUUCAGGGCCAGGUGCCGGGUCGGGAGCAGGGUCAGGUAUAGUAUCAAUGUUGAAGGCCCAGCAGGCCCACUCUGCCCCCCUCAACAUGCUGGACUCCAGCGCUCCACGCCUGAAGAGAGGGAAGGAGAGAGAGAUCCCUAAAGUCAAACGACCCACCGCCCUGAAGAAGAUCAUUCUGAAGGAGCGUGAGGGAAAGAGGGGGAAGGGGGGUGUGGAUCAGAUUGCUGCCAGCCAGGAAGAACAGGGAGAAGAGGAGCUACACUUCACUGACGACCUCACACGGGAACCUGCCUCUCAGGAGGAGAACGGUCUGAGCGUGCCCAGUGAUGACGCGUCCCUGUCCCCGGCCAGUCAGAACUCUCCGUACAGCAUCACGCCUGUUUCCCAAGGUUCCCCUGGCUCCUCUGGCAUCGGCAGCCCCAUGGCCUCUAACGCCAUUACCAAGAUACACAGCCGCCGCUUCAGAGAGUACUGUAACCAGGUGUUGAAUAAGGAGAUAGAUGAGAGUGUGACAAUGCUGCUGCAGGAACUGGUCCGGUUCCAGGAGAGGGUUUAUCAGAAGGACCCCAGCAAAGCCAAGACCAAACGCAGACUGGUCAUGGGCCUUAGAGAGGUCACCAAACACAUGAAGCUCCACAAGAUCAAGUGUGUCCUCAUCUCACCCAACUGUGAGAAGAUCCAGGCCAAAGGGGGUCUAGAUGAGGCUCUGUACAACGUCAUAGCCAUGGCCAGAGAACAGGAGAUCCCGUUUGUGUUUGCUCUGGGUAGGAAGGCUCUGGGACGCUGUGUCAACAAACUGGUGCCUGUCAGUGUGGUGGGCGUCUUCAACUUCUCUGGAGCAGAGGGUCUGUUUAACCGGUUAGUGUCUCUGACGGAGGAUGCUCGUAAGUCCUACAAGGACAUGGUGUCAGCGCUGGAGCAGGAGCAGGCUGAGGAGGCGCUGAAGAACGUCAAGAAGGUCACCCACCACAUGGGCCACUCCAGAAACCCCUCCGCUGCCUCCGCCAUCUCCUUCUGCUCCGUCAUCUCUGAACCCAUCUCUGAGGUCAACGAGAAGGAGUACGAGACCAACUGGAGGAGUAUGGUGGAAUCGUCAGAUGGGCUGGAGCCUGUGGAGGCUAAACCCAGCCAUCCUGCUGCUUCCUCUGGGUUGCAGAGAGACAACCAGCCCCCCUCCACCACCACCAACCGCAGCCCUUACUCCACUACCCUCCAGCUCAGAGCAGCCGUCCCUGCUCCAGGCUCAGGCCCGGGGGAGAGAGAAGAGGGUCGGGCAGACGACCGGUUGGAGCUGGCCUCCCAGCAGAGCACGGAGACAGGCAGUUUGGAUGGGAGCUGUAGGGACCUCCUCAACUCCUCCAUCACCUCCACCACCUCCACCCUGGUCCCCGGUAUGCUGGAGGAGGCAGAGGAAGAGGAGGAGGAGGAGGAAGAGUACACACCAGAGCCCAUCUCUGUGGAGGUGCCUGCAGUCAUCAGCCGCAUUGAGUCCUGGGUGUCUAAGACGCUGGAGAACCUUCAGCUGGGGAAGAGCCAGGACAGCACAGAGGAGGAAGAGGAGGAGGAGGAGGAGGGAGUGCAGAGUGAGGAGGAAGAGGAGUUGGAUUCUGCUGAUGUCACAGAGACUGGGCUGGAGAAGAUGGAGGCCAAUAAUAUCACUGGCUGAUUAGACCUCAUUCAUCCCUCUUUCUCUUUUUUGUUUCUCGCUAAAUUCGCUCUGUGUACACUCUGUCGCUCCAUCUGUGUACACUCUGUCGCUCCAUCUGUGUACACUCUGUCGCUCCAUCUGUGUACACUCUGUCGCUCCAUCUGUGUACACUCUGUCGCUCCAUCUGUGUACACUCUGUCGCUCCAUCUGUGUACACUCUGUCGCUCCAUCUGUGUACACUCUGUCGCUCCAUCUGUGUACACUCUGUCGCUCCAUCUGUGUACACUCUGUCGCUCCAUCUGUGUACACUCUGUCGCUCCAUCUGUGUACACUCUGUCGCUCCAUCUGUGUACACUCCAUCACUUGUCUUCCUCACCCCCCCCCCCCCCCCAACACCUGUUCCCCUAACCUGCACUCUUUCACCUCUUUCACCCCCCCUCUUUCUCACAGUUGAACCAGCAACUCUCCUCUUCUCUCUGUCUGUAACUUUGGACUUCAGACAUUAUCUCAGGAAUCAGACCAUACACACACACACACACACACACACACACACACACACACACACACACACAGGCAGUCCACACACACACAGAUAGGCAGUCACACACACAGACCAAACUACAGACAACAGUAUCUCUCCUGGUCUCUCUGAUGGAUAGACUCCUCUGUUCCUCUCAUCCUCCUCUCACUGAUGUGGACCUGGAACAACUGCCUCAGCUAAACUGGUCUGGUCGGUCUGGCAUCGACUGGUCUGGUCUGACAUGGAAUGGGCUUGUCUGGUCUGACUAAGGGAAGCCCUGGUUCCCUUCCCACCACUCCAGGUUUCCCCAGGAUAGGAAGAGGCUGUGAGGAGAGGCUUCCCCUCUGUCUGUAUGACGCAGAGCCCUCCAGAUGAUAGACCUGUCAGUGAGACUGCUGACUACAGACUAACUAGAAGGGAACUCUCCCUCUGUCUGUAUGACACAGAGCCCUCCAGAUGAUAGACCUGAGACUGCUGUCUACAGACUAACUAGAAGAGAAGUCUCCCCUGUCAUCCCUGGGUUAUUCAUAGUGGAGGUCUGGUGGUUCAGUCCAAGCAGAAGGUUGCUGAGCCCCUGCAGGGCUGAGAGUUUAUAGCUGGAAGUGUGUGUGUCUCUGUCCCAUCAUCAAGACUUAUGUUACAUUGUUGUCAUCCUUCCCAUGUUUCUCUGUCUCCCAAAACCAAUCUAAAACCUUGUUAGGGUUACAAAAUUCCCCACUUUUCCAGGAAUCCCGGUUGGAAGGUUCACAGAAUCUGUUGGGAAUAAGCAGAAAAGACGUAAUCCUCCAACCUUGGAAUUUCGGGAAAGUUGCUGGAGUUUGCAAACCUACACAAUGUGUUUCUGACAUCGGUUAACCAACACAGUAAUCAUGUAUUAUUUUCACUGGGUGUGAUUUUAAAGGGGCAUAUUACCACUUUUUAACCUCAUAGUCAUUAUCUCCAGGACCAAACCAAUGUCUACUAAUGUGAAAAUGGCGUGUUAAAAAAUAAUGGCGUGUCCCUUGAAAACAUGAAUGAUAUGACAUGUCACAUGACAUAGACUAACAGUAACUGAAGCCAGAACAAAUGUCUGAUGUACAUAACCUGAAUAGCUGUUUCUGAGACUCUUUAACCUGUAAUGUUGAUGAUAAUAUUGACAAGUGUUCAUCUGUUUGGGGUUGUUUUCUGAGUGGAUUGUUUGUUGUUGUUGCUAGCUGACUUCUGUGUUUUACUAUAACCUCUGGUUUCAUUUGGUUUAGGUCCCAGUCCAUUGACCGGUGGCAGCGUGGGCGUGUUUGUUGGGGUGGGCAGGUAAAUGUACUGUAACUAGCUAUUAUCAGAGACUAUUUGGGUUUGAAGCUGACAGGUAGUCCAACUUGACCCAGGACAUGUGACUCACUGGUAACAGAGGGGUCAAAGGGAGGAGCCACCACAGGAGUCUCUGAAUAUUCAUGAAGUAAUUAUCCACCUCACCAGUUAUAACCAUGUAAAUAAAAUGUGAACAAUUAAAAUGUUUGAACUACAGUGUAUUAAACACCCCAAUCACCUUUUUCUUAAAGCAAUUUGAUAUAAAAAAUCUGAAUAAGUUGAUGUAAUUUGAUGGUAAAUGAUAGAAAUCAAGUCAUGUAAUAUUAGAUGGAGGAGGAUGCCAUGUGUAGGAGAGGCAUGCUGGGUCAUAUGCAAUAUGAAGGAAGGAGGGGUGAGAGGGAGUUGUGUAAUAAAUAGACAGUCAGGAGUUGGGUCAAGGCAUUUUCAAUUCAGGAAGUGAAUUGAAAUUCAACUGACAAAAAAUGUAAUUGAGAAAAAAAACGUGUCAAUUGAAAACGGACCAUGUUUUCUAUGAGGAUUUUAUGAAUGAGUUGAAUUGAGCCCUUCCCUGAUAGAGAUGAUAACGACGGUGUGUCUAGUACUGAAAUGUACGCUGGCUGUGUGCAGGUUUCUCAGUAACUAACUCUCAUCAGUGUGUUUUGGAGCCAUGACAACCAGUGUGUCCUUUGCACUAUGUAAAUACCAUAAUACUUGUAACAACCACCUGGUAACUAAUGUCAAAACAAAAUGGUUGAAUGAAGUAGCUUUUAUUUUCUCAGUGUGUCCCUGGUCUUUCUAUGUCUCUCUUUCUGACUGUACAACACUAGCAACAUGUAGAGGCUUUUCUCAUAACAUUACUGUUCUCUUCUCCAUCUGGACUGAUUAAUAAUGUCAUUAAAAUGUUCUUUAAGUAAACUACAUACACUCCCGU